AUGACUAUUGGUGGUCGUGGAUUGCAACGUUUUCAUUACAAUCUUGGUCCUUCCCCGGAGGAAAUUCAUCCGCUACCAGUGAAGGUGCCUUAUUGUCCUCAAGAAGUACCGGAAUAUGACAACGCAAUAAAAAGAUUGACAAAAUUCUUUGUGGGAAAACGCAAUGACCGUAUUGAACUAGAGGUAUUUCGUUCCCUGAAACAAAAGAAUGAAGAAACAUUCAACAACUAUUUGUUACGGCUUCGUGCACAGGCGGCGCGAUGCGAGUUCAAGGACAGGGAAGAGAAAGAAAUUCAUCAGCAAGUCACUAUGGGGGCGCGUGACGAGCGUGUGCGAGACAAAGGACUGGAGGAUGUGAUGAACCUGGACGAAAUUAUUAGUUACGCGGUCAAUCGCGAGAUUCUCAUCAGACAGAAGGAAAAAUCAAAGCCUUUUAGAGAUGAAUUACCUUCCGGUUCUGUGGCAACUGUAAAACAGGAAUGGGCAUCGCGUUCUCGGAUGAAGAGUGGUACGAAAUAUUCUGAAUUUAACAGAGAAAACCAGCGAGAACGUUACCAAGCGGAGUGUGGUCGAUGCGGCUCAUACAGACACUCUUCGUACUCAUCUAUUUGCCUGGCUCAAAAAGCCCGGUGUAAUCAGUGUCGCCGAAUUGGGCACUUCGUCCGGAAGUGUCGUGAAGCAGACCGAAAAAGGGCAUCACUUGGAAGCGAACGACUGAUGAAGCAAACUCGUUGCGGGAUGAUAGUGGCUGGAUUGAAGAGCUUCCCCGUCGUUCUAAAUCGGAGGAUAUAUCCAAGAGAUACCAAGUUCCCUGUAAUGAUGGCAUCGUAACGUGUUUGGUUGGCAGUUGCCUGGUGGAUUUUUUGGUUGACUCCGGCUCAUCAAUCCGGCUCAUCUCGGUUAAUCCAUCGAAACCAAAUAGUUACGC